AUGACCAAGUCAGAGCAGACAGUUCCCAAAUCAUCAGCUGGAAAGAUGACCAAGCUGCACGAAUAUCUCGGUUUCAAGAAGAGGUAUAACUUCAUUCUCUUCGUCAACUUCGCCGGCGCCCUGAUGGGCUUCACGCUGGCGCGUCUCAUGUAUCUCAACUUCGACAAGAUCCUGUGCGGCCCAGGAUUCAGCACCACCCAGCGCGCCCUGCCCGGCGAGUGCUACUACUACCGCAACUUCACCCGGGAUCGGAUCGGAAUCGUCAUGCACCUCGCAUGCAUCCUGCCCGCCUCGUUCCUGGUGUGCUGGCAGUUCGUUCCCAUAAUCCGUCGCAGGUGGAUUCUCUUCCACCGCAUCAACGGCUACGUCGUUCUGUUACUCUCGAUACCCGGGACGAUCGGUGCGCUGUUGAUCGCGAGGCAUGCUGUCGGUGGAGGCUUGGAUGUUCAAGCCUCCGUCGGGCUGCUCUGCUUUGCGUUUCUGGGGUCGCUGUUCACCUCGUUCGUCCAGAUCAAGAGGUUGCAGAUCGAGCAGCAUCGUGCCUGGAUGUUGAGGGCUUGGUUCUACGCCGGCGCCAUCAUCACCAUGAGGCCGAUUCUCCUCCUCGGCGCUCUCAUCAUCAGCAAGAACGGCGGAUACUUUGUCUCGCUUCCAUGCGCCGUGAUUGAGCACAUGCUGGGCAACGCCAAUGCAGCCAAUGCCACCUCAGUCUUUUUCGAGGCCUGCACGCCUUACACGACAGGGGAGAACCCGGACCAACAAGUCUCAGUCGAGGCGAACUUCCUCGAUAGAUCGACACCGGCCGGGCCUGCCGCGUCUUUGCAUGCCAGCUUCGGGAUGGCUGGGUUUGUGGCGGGUGCCAUCCACGCGAUUGGCGUCGAGGUAUACCUGCGGCUCACCCCGAGAGAGGCAGAACGGCUUCGACAUAUCUCUUACCAGAGGCAAAUGGAAGCUGGGAUGCGAAAUCCUGGUAGUUCUGGAUUUACAAGCGAUGUAAUUGGAGACGCGGAGAAAUGGGAGCCCAAAGUCCAGGAACAGCAGAACGAGGAUAAGACGUCGAGCUCACAGGAUGGCAAAGCUUCCGACCAAAGAUUGGAUGGCUCAAUCAUUUCUAAGAACCAGUUAUAG